CGAAAAACUUCCAUGUGAAGGAUAUGUUUCAAUAGAGUCUGUCACUGUUCAAGAGAGAACAUGUCAGGAAAUAGCCUGGUUUUACCUAUAGUACUGUGGGGUCGCCAUGCGCCCACCCACUGUAUCUCCAGCCUGCUGGUAAUGGAUGAUUUCUCCACCAUCAUCACUGGAUGCCACGAUGGACAGAUCUGCAUGUGGGACAUGACCCCUGACCUUGAGAUUAAUCCCCGUGCUCUGUUGUUUGGUCACACGGCCUCUAUCACCUGUCUGUCCAAGGCCAGCGCAGGAAACGAUAAGCAGUACAUCGUCAGCGCUUCAGAGAGUGGGGAGAUGUGUCUAUGGGACGUGAACGAUGGGCGUUGUAUUGAGUUCACUAAGCUGGCGUGUGCUCACACUGGCAUCCAGUUUUACCAGUUCACCGUUGGCACCCAGCGGGAGGGACGUCUCCUAUGUCACGGUCAUUAUCCAGAGAUCCUGGUGGUGGAUGCGACCAGUCUGGAAGUCCUUUACUCGCUGGUGUCCAAAAUCUCACCUGACUGGAUUAGCUCUAUGAGUAUCAUCCGUUCCCAUCGAACUCAAGAGGACACUGUAGUUGCUGUGUCGGUCACAGGGAUACUGAAAGUUUGGAUCAUUACGGCUGAUGUGAGCAGAAUGCAGGAUAUGGACCCAGUGUUUGAGGAGGAGUCUAAACCCAUUUACUGCCAGGGCUGUCAGAGCAUCUCCUUCUGCACCUUCACACAGCUCUCACUGCUCGUCGUCUGCUCCAAGUACUGGAGAGUGUUUGAUGCUGGAGACUACUCUCUACUGUGCUCUGUGCCCAGUGAGAAUGACCAGGCCUGGACAGGGGGAGAGUUCAUAGCUGCUGAUAAAGUCAUUAUUUGGACAGAGGAUGGCCGUAGCUACAUCUACAAACUACCUGCCAGCUGUCUCCCUGCUAGUGAACACUUUCGCAGUGAUGUGGGGAAGACUGCAGAGGGCUCCAUUCCCCCACUCGUGUACAGCAUUGCUGACCGCUCUGAUAAACAGUUGCUCAUCUGUCCACCGGUGACACGCUUCUUCUACGGCCGACGGGAGCCCUUCCACAAGCUCCUGGUACAGGGAGACUCAGCAGGACGUCUCACCCUCUGGAGUAUCCCUGACACCUCCCCACUGCAGCCGCUCUCCUCAGCUGCAGGUCUCCAGGUCUCCUCCACCAUCAGUCUCCAAGAGGCUUUCGAUAAGCUGUCACCCCAGGCUGCAGGCAUCAUAGACCAGCUGAGCGUGAUGCCCAGCUCGGAGGAGCCCAUCAAGGUGACGGCCAGCGUGUACAUCCCCUCCCAGGGCAGACUGGUUUGCGGGCGCGAGGACGGCAGUAUCGUGCUGGUGCCCGCCACUCAGACCGCCAUUGUGCAGCUGUUGCAGGGAGAGCACAUGCUGCGCAGAGGCUGGCCCCCCCACCGCACUCUGAGAGGUCAUCGGAACAAAGUGACAUGCCUGCUGUACCCCCACCAAGUGUCCCCACGCUACGACCAGCGCUCUCUGGUGUCUGGAGGAGUGGACUUCUCCGUCAUCGUGUGGGACAUAUUCACCGGAGAGAUGAAACACAUCUUCUGUGUACAUGGAGGAGAGAUCACACAGUUACUGGUGCCUCCUGAGAACUGCAGUACCCGCGUGCAGCACUGCGUCUGUUCUGUGGCCAGCGAUCACUCGGUGGGGCUGCUGAGCCUGCGGGAGAGGAAGUGCAUCAUGCUGGCUUCCCGUCACCUCUUCCCCAUCCAGGUCAUCAAGUGGCGCCCCUGUGACGACUACCUGGUGGUGGGCUGCUCCGACGGCUCCGUCUACGUCUGGCAGAUGGACACGGGAGCUCUGGACCGGUGCGUGAUGGGUAUUACUGCAGUGGAGAUUCUGAACGCAUGUGAUGAGGUGGCUCCCGCUGCUGUGGAUGCUUUGAACCACCCAGCGGUGAAUCUGAAACAGGCUAUGACCCGCCGCAGUCUGGCCGCCCUCAAAAACAUGGCCCAACACAAACUACAAACCCUCGCCACCAACCUGCUCGCAGCCGACAACGCAGACAAGGGUAACCUGCCCAAGUAUUCCCACAAUGCACUGGUUGUCCAAGCUAUGAAGACCAAUUUGACUGACCCUGACAUGCACGUGCUCUUCUUUGACGUGGAAGCGGUCAUCAUUCAGCUUCUGACAGAAGAGGCCCAGAGACCUAACCCUACCCUCGUCUCUCCAGAAACACUACAGAAAGCCCCUGGUAGCGCGGACAAAGGUGGCUCCUUCCUGGCCAAUAAGAUCUUCAAACAGGUGAAGGAGACCAUUAAAGAGAACAUUAAGGAACACCUACUGGAUGAAGAUGAUGACGACGAGGAGGAGAUGCGUCGCCGUGAAGAGAAGUCAAAAUCUCUAAGCCUGCUGGAGUACAACCUGACCAUGGACACAGCGAAACUGUUCAUGUCCUGCCUACACGCCUGGGGCCUGAACGGCACGCUGGACGAAGUGUGUCUGAACCGUCUGGGCAUGCUCAAACCGCACACGCCCAUCUCCUUCGGUCUCAUCUCCCGCGGUGGGCACAUGUCCCUCAUGCUGCCCACCUUUAAGGAGUCUCUGCUGAGACAGCUGGCGCAGGGCAGUGCCGAAGCCCUCGGCAGGAAGCUUUCGGUGUCCGAAAUUGUGGGCAAGGGAACGUACGGCAUCUCACGAGCGGUCACCACGCAGCACCUGCUGUCCGUCAUCUCGCUGGCCAAUACGCUGAUGGGUAUGACCAAUGCCACGUUUGUGGGAGAGCACAUGAAGAAAGCCCCAGCCAGGCCUCCCAGACCUGGCACCCCAGAGACUCCCAAAAAGACGGCCCCCCAGGUCUCCAACCCAGCCGUGCAAGGACAGAUCAAACAAGUCGAAGCGCCUGCUGCUGCUGCUACCACUACUACCACUACAUCUGGCACUGGGACCAGUCCCUCUGGCCCAGCUUUACAUUCCUGUCCCUCAGUCAACGAAGGUUGGAGUCAGUUGGCAGCUAUGCACUGUGUGAUGCUGCCUGACCUUCUGGGACUAGACAAGUUUCGCCCUCCCUUGCUCGAAAUGCUUGCACGCAGGUGGCAGGACCGGUGCUUGGAGGUUCGAGAGGCUGCCCAGGCUUUGCUGUUGGCAGAACUGCGCAGGAUUGGUCAGUCCGGCAGGAAGGACACCAUUGACAUGUGGGCGCCGUACCUGCCCCAGUACGUGGAUGCAGUAAGCUCCCCUGGAACAGCUACAGAGGCGACCCAACCAGGUCCACUCCCUCCUGAAGCCCAACCUGUUGAACCCAAAGCUCCAGAGGAAGAGAUGGACGUCACAGACGAUGACAUCACCGCAGGCUGCCUGUCAAACCUGCCUCCCAACACUAAGAAGAUUUCUAAUUCUUAUGAGGAGCGGCGUAAGCAGGCCACAGCCAUCGUGUUGCUGGGAGUCAUCGGUGCAGAAUUUGGGGCAGAAAUCGAACCACCUAAACAUGCAGCUCGUCCACGCACCGGCGGUCAAGUGCCCGAGGGUUUCGGUCUGACAACCGGAGGCUCCAACUACUCUUUAGCUCGUCAUACCUGUAAAGCCCUGACUUUUCUGCUGCUGCAGCCGCCCAGUCCGAAACUGCCUCCCCACAGCACCAUUCGCCGCACUGCCAUAGAUCUGAUUGGCCGAGGCUUCACUGUCUGGGAGCCGUAUAUGGACGUGUCUGCCGUGCUCAUGGGCCUGCUGGAGCUGUGUGCCGACGCUGAGAAACAGCUGUCCAACAUCACAAUGGGCCUGCCCUUGAACCCUGCUGCCGAUUCUGCACGCUCUGCUCGCCACGCUCUCUCCCUCAUCGCCACAGCCAGACCACCGGCCUUCAUCACCACCAUCGCACGAGAGGUUCACAGACACACAGCCAUGCAGUCUCAAGGCUCACAGUCCCAGCAGAAUGUUCACACCACCACGCUGGCCAGAGCCAAGACCGAGAUCCUCCGAGUUAUCGAGAUCCUUAUCGAGAAGAUGCCCACUGACGUAGUGGACCUGCUAGUGGAGGUUAUGGACAUCAUCAUGUACUGUAUCGAGGGCUCUCUGGUCAAAAAGAAAGGCCUGCAGGAGUGUUUCCCUGCUAUCUGCAAGUUCUACAUGGUUGGCUACUGUGACCGCAGUCAUCGCAUAGCCGUGGGUGCACGACAGGGUUCGGUGGCUCUCUACGACGUCCGCACGGGCAAAUGUCAGAAUAUCCAUGGGCAUAAGGGUCCUAUUACAGCCGUGUCUUUUGCUCCUGAUGGACGUUACCUGGCCACCUAUUCCAACACUGAUAGUCACAUUUCCUUCUGGCAGAUGAACACCUCUCUGUUGGGCAGUAUUGGCAUGUUGAAUUCAGCUCCUCAGCUGCGCUGCAUUAAAACAUACCAGGUCCCUCCAGUGCAGCCUGCUUCCCCAGGCUCCCAGAAUGCCCUCAAACUGGCCCGCCUCAUCUGGACAUCCAAUCGCAACGUCAUCCUCAUGGCGCAUGAUGGCAAAGAGCAUCGCUUCAUGGUCUGAGGUUUGCAGGGGGUUUAGCAACGGUCCACAGUGACCUUUCACCUCCCCCACUUCCUCCUCCUGGCUGUAUCCCAGCCACCAGUAGGAGGAGGUGCACCGUUUACA